ACACCGAGACAGAGAUCCGCUGCCCCUCCACUGACACGCUCACACACACACACACACACACACACACACACACACACACACACGCACCAAACACACACACACCCGGGACGGACCGGAGCUGCGCGCCCGGAGAGGAGAGCUGAUGACCGGAAACUGGAGAUGAAGUGUGACCACUCCCUGCAGUUCGGAUGAUGGGACGUCACGUCGAUCUGAACCUGCUGUGUUGAGCCCGAAGUCUCCCCGACACCAGGACCAGCCGCCCAGUCCGAUCCCCUGAAGAGAACCCUCGCACCGCCCAGGGGUUCAGAGGUCGGAGGCCAGAGGUCAUCAUGCAGACCAUCAAGUGUGUGGUCGUUGGCGACGGCGCCGUGGGGAAGACCUGCCUCCUCAUCUCCUACACCACGGGAGCGUUCCCCAAAGAGUACAUCCCCACCGUGUUCGACAACUACAGCAGCCAGGUGACGGUGGACAGCAGGAUCAUCAGUCUGAACCUGUGGGACACGGCGGGCCAGGAGGAGUACGACCGGCUGAGGACGCUGUCCUACCCUCAGACCAACGUCUUCGUCAUCUGCUUCUCCAUCUCGAGCCCCGCCUCCUACGAGAACGUCAAGCACAAGUGGCACCCAGAGGUGUCCCACCACUGUCCCGGCGUCCCCAUCCUCCUGGUGGGCACGAAGAGCGACCUCCGGAGCGACGCCGAGACCCAGAGGAAGCUGAAGGAGCAGAACCAGGCGCCCGUCACCCACCAGCAGGGCACCGCCCUGGCCCGCCAGAUCCACGCCGUGCGCUACAUGGAGUGCUCGGCUCUCAACCAGGACGGCAUCAAAGACGUGUUCGUCGAGGCGGUGAGGGCCUUCCUCAACCCGCAGCCCGCCGCCACCGCCUCCAAGAAGAUCUGCGUCCUGUUGUAGGAAACCCCGCCCGCCGAGGAAGACGGACGUCUGGGGCGGGACUUUCUUUGAUUACGCCUUUCUUCUUUUGAUCUGAAGUAGCAGAUUUGAGCUUCCCACCUGCAAACGGUUCUACUGUGAAUCUGAACCUAAUUACAAACAGCAGCUGCUAACGGCUAACAGCUAGCGGCUAGUCUGCUCAACCGGUCAAGCUUUCAGGUGUAAAGAAUCUGCUCCAGUGUCGGACGUUGACCUUCCGUCUUCAUUCUCUGCAUCACGUCUGUCAGUCUCAAGUUUUUAACGUCGGUCUUGACUUUUCAUCUUUAUUAACCUUGAUGUUUCGCUUCAUACAUUUCAUCGUCAGUCUCAACACUUUCAUUCAAUACUGGGGUGUCAAACACAUUUUAUUUUCUGGGUCACAUUCAGCACAAUUUCAUCCAAUUUGGGCCGGACCGGUACAACAGAGUCACAGUAGCCUUGAAAGUCCCUCUUUUUGAGCAUCCAUUGUGAAAAUGUUUAUUUUUAACAAAUAAAUAAAACCAUUACAAUCCAAAAUACCACCAAUCUCAACAUAAAGUCAAUGUCAUUGACUUGCAGUACAGUCAGUUGUUCUAAAAGCUUCUCCUCUCGAUGUUAAUGUUUUUCUGAACUCCCCCCGACAGCAUGGCUUUGAGGCUAAUGCUAGUUAGCUAGCUGUCAUCACUGAUGUCUCAGCUCGGCUCUCGCUCUUGUGGUUUCUUCACUUCUAUUGUCUCAGUGUCUUCUUUGACAUCUUUACAGUUUACUUGGUUUUUGACCGGAUGGGAGCCUCAUGCGGGCCGGUUUUGGCCCACGGACCUCAUGUUUGUCACCCCUGAUCUACUUGUUUUAUCUUUAGAGUCAACUGUUGGUGCUUCGUUCUCUCUAACUUCUCCUUUCUAUUUUUAAAGUCUUGGCGGUUCUUGAUCGCUCUGGUUUCAGUCUCGGCUUUUUCACUUUUCUCGUUGAUCUUAAAUUAUCUUCAGCUUCAACUCGUCAUCAUUCUCUUAGAGGUUUUAAAUUCCUCUUUAAUCUGUGUUUAGCUUUCAUUCUGAAAACAUUUCCUGUCUCGACAGUUCAGAUUUAAAAAUGUUUACGCUUUAUUUCAAUAUUAAAAAUAGAACAUCUGAUGUGAAAGGGAGCCUUUGGAGGUGAUUGAACUUCGGCUGUGCUUCAGUUAGCUUGUCGGUUGGGAUAACGGCUCCGAUGAUAAUGCGUCUAUUUUAUUUUCUGUCCUUUUAUUUAAAUGUGAAAUUAAACUAGUUAAAAAGCC